CUCGUAAGGAUGCACGCAGUGUAAGCCGUCUAAAACCACCGAAAAUAUGGCUGCAGAAGAGUUGGCAGUUCUAUCUCGCAUUUGUAAACAAAAGUCAGGAGUUUAUAGAUAAACUUACAAUUUGUAAUUAAAAACAACCAAAAUGGGUAAAAGACAGCAUCAAAAGGACAAAAUGUACCUUACGUACACGGAGUGGAGUGAGUUGUACGGCGGGAAAAAGUUUGAGUCCGCGGAGAACAACCAUGUCAAGUUCAAGCGGCUUCCCUUCGAGCACUGCUGCAUCACAAUGGCGCCCUUCGAGAUGCCCUACUGUGAUCUUCAGGGCAACGUGUUCGAGUACGAGGCCAUCCUGAACUUCCUGAAGACCUUCAAAGUGAACCCCAUCAACGGUCAGAAGAUGGACUCUAAGUCCCUGAUCAAACUGAAAUUCCACAGGAAUGCCAACGAUGAGUACCACUGUCCCGCCUUGUUCAAGCCCUUCAGCAAGAACUCGCACAUUGUGGCGGUGGGCACCACGGGAAAUGUCUACUGCUGGGAGGCCAUCGAUCAGCUAAAUAUCAAGACGAAGAACUGGAAGGACUUGGUGGAUGACACACCCUUUCAGCGCAAGGACAUUAUCACCAUACAGGAUCCUCAGAGGCUGGAAAAGUACGACAUAUCAACUUUUCAUCACAUCAAGAAGAACCUGCGAGUUCUAACGGAGGAGGAGCUGCUGGAGCGGAAAAAUCCUGCCAGCGGGCGCAUUAAGACUAUGAAUCUGGAAACCAAGGAAACGCUAGAGCAGCUACAACAGGACUAUCAGCCGACCGAGGAGGAGCCCUCCACUUCCAGGCGCACAGCCGAUAAGUUCAAUGCCGCCCACUAUUCAACUGGAGCGGUGGCUGCCAGUUUCACGUCCACCGCCAUGGUGCCCGUGUCCCAGAUAGAGGCAGCAAUUAUAGAUGACGAUCUGGUGAAGUACGAGCGGGUUAAAAAGAAGGGCUACGUUCGCUUAAAUACCAAUCAUGGCCCCCUCAACUUAGAACUCUUCUGCGACCAAAUUCCUCGAGCCUGCGACAACUUCAUUAAGCACUGCGCCAGUGGCUACUACAACAAUGUUAUGUUUCAUCGAUCCAUAAGAAAUUUUAUUGUGCAAGGAGGUGAUCCCACGGGCAGUGGCUCUGGUGGCGAAUCCAUUUGGGGCAAGAAGUUUGAGGACGAGUUUAAGCCUAAUCUCACGCACACGGGCAGAGGAGUGCUCUCCAUGGCCAAUUCAGGGCCCAACACCAAUGGCUCUCAGUUCUUUAUUACCUACCGCUCGUGCAAACAUCUCGAUGGAAAGCACACAAUCUUUGGCAAGCUCGUCGGCGGCUUGGACACGCUUCAGAAGAUGGAAAACAUCGAGGUGGACAACAAAGACAGACCAAUUGAGGACAUCAUCAUAGAGAACUCUCAGGUCUUUGUGAAUCCCUUUGCCGAGGCAACCGAACAGUUGGCCAAGGAGCGCGAGGAGGAGGCUGCCAGCAAGGAGGAGACUGUCAAGAAGGAGGAGCAGCAAAAGCGCAUGAAGGAGCCAUUGAAGGUUUACAGGGAAGGUGUGGGCAAGUAUUUAAAACUUCAGGCAGUAACCAAAAAGCCAGAGUCGUCGGUAUCUGCCAGCCAAUCAGCCAAGAAAAAGAAACUGGCAAAUGGUUUUGGAAAUUUCUCCAGCUGGUAGCAGUUGUCCUUUUAA